GCGUUGUGACGUCGCGCGCCCCCCUCUGGAGUGUGUGGUGGCUGGAGCUGCCCUGCGUGUGUGAGUGUGGGAGUGAGCGUGCGCGAGUGUGGGAGCGUGGGGGCGCGCGCGCGUGGAUGUAUGUCUGUACGUGGGUCUCCGGGCGUGCGCGCGCGCGCGUGUGUGGAACUCGGCCUCCCCGGUGGGGCCGGAGCGGGCCGCGGCGACGGGAGAUCUGAAAGGAUCCGUCAAAGAAGAGGAAUCCCAAAGAACCUACAGGGAACCAAGAGUUUCUGACUGACCCUACUAGAGUGAAAAUCGGUGUUGUGGUGCUGCCUAUCUGCUAAACCCCCCCCCUCCUUGAAAACAUGUGAGGGGUGCCCCUUUCCCUGUGCUUUUCUUGACCCCUCUGUGGGUGCGUUGCUGCUAAGGCCAAGGCGCUGGCCAUCAUGAUGUUCCGGGAUCAGGUGGGCAUCCUGGCCGGCUGGUUCAAAGGCUGGAACGAAUGUGAGCAGACGGUCGCCCUGCUCUCCCUUCUCAAGCGCAUCUCUCGCACCCAAGCCCGCUUUCUGCAGCUGUGCCUGGAGCACUCGCUGGCCGACUGCACAGAGAUCCAUGUUCUGGAAUCUGAAGCUAACAGCGCAGCCAUCAUCAACCAAUGGCACCAAGAGCCAAAAGACAAAGUGGUCUCCCUGCUCCUCUCCCACCUGCCUCUCCUCCAGCCCGGCAACGCAGACGCCAAGUCCGAGUACAUGAAGCUUUUGCAGAAGGUGCUGGCCUACUCCAUCGAGAGCAACCUCUUCAUCGAAGAGAGCCGGCAGCUGCUGUCCUACGCCCUCAUUCAUCCGGCCACCACCCUGGAUGACCGCAGCUCCCUGGCCCUUUGGCUCAACCAUCUCGAGGAGCGCCUUUCCAGCGGCUACCCCAGCCAGGGCAGGGCACGGCCAGACACGGCCUACCACUCGCGCCAAGGCUCUGACGACUGGCAAGGUCCAGGGGAGACGGGCCUCGGAGACCUGGGCCACGGUUGGCAGGAGAAGGCACCACGGGAAAAUGGUCACAUGUCCUUCCACCCUGCCAGCUCGGUGUCCUCGGGCAUCAAUAGUAUUGGGAGCAGCACGGGCAGCACAGCUCUUCCUUGCCAAAUCCACCCCAGCCCACUGAAGCGCUCCAUGUCGCUCAUCCCGUCGGGCCAGCAGGUCACCAGCGAGUGGAUGAACGUGGAUGAGAUGGGGGCCAGGCCGGCCUUCAUCUCCAGCGGGGAGCACGCGCCCCUCUCGCCCCAAAGCAGCGUGGCCUCCUCAGGCAGCGAGCAGACUGAGGAACAGCCCGGCAGUCGGAACACCUUUCAAGAGGACGGCAGUGGCAUGAAAGAUGUUCCCUCGUGGCUGAAGAGCCUCCGUCUCCACAAAUACGCAGCCCUUUUCUCCCAAAUGACCUACGAAGAGAUGAUGACUCUCACGGAGCAACAUCUGGAAUCGCAGAAUGUGACCAAAGGAGCGAGGCACAAAAUUGCCUUAAGUAUCCAAAAGUUGCGUGAAAGGCAGAGUGUCCUGAAGUCCUUGGAGAAGGACAUUUUGGAAGGGGGGAACUUAUGGAACGCGCUUCAGGAACUGCAGCAGAUCAUCACCACCCCCAUCAAGGCCUUCCACACUCUGCAUGCUGUGGCCGCAUCCAAGGAGGCCCAGCCACUGGCAGCCGAGCCAAGGGGGGGUCCCACGCUGGGCCUGGAGAAAAGCAACGAGGACAAGGAAGCCCCCGAGGACCACUUCCCGCCCCCAACAGGCUCUCCGUGUGACGGAGAAUCCGGAGCGGCACCGAUCGCCGAAGGGGACAUUGCAGGCCAGUUCACUCGCGUGAUGGGUAAAGUGUGUACGCAAUUGCUCGUCUCCCGGCCAGACGAGGAGAACAUCACCAGUUACCUCCAACUGAUAGAGAAGUGCUUGAUGCACGAGGCCUUCACUGAGACCCAGAAAAAGCGCCUCUUGUCCUGGAAGCAGCAGGUCCUGAAGCUGCUCCGUACUUUCCCGAGGAAGGCCGUGCUGGACAUGCAAGGCUAUCGCCCCCAGAAAGGGUGGGCCUUUGGCUCCAACUCUCUCCCCAUAGCUGGAUCUGUGGGGGUGGGAGUGGCCCGCCGAGGACAGAGGCAGUUCCAGAUGCCCCCCCGUGCCAUCCCCCCAAGCCGCAUGGGGAUCCUGAGUCCUGUGGGGAUCGGUGGAGUCUCCCCACGGCACGGACUGACCAGCCCGAAUCUGGGGAGCCAAGGUCGGCAGAACCUCUGGUUUGCCAAUCCCGGGGGCAGCAACAGCAUGCCCGGCCAGAACCGCAGCUCAGUCCAGCGGACCCACUCACUGCCCGUCCACACCUCUCCUCAGGCCAUCCUCAUGUUCCCACAGGAUUGCCAGCUCCCUGGAACGGAUCUGGAGAUCAACCCCACCUUGGAGUCACUGUGCCUGAGCAUGACGGAGCACGCGCUGGGCGAUGGCACGGACAAGACCUCAACCAUCUGAACAAGCUGGAUCUGCGGGCAUAUUCCUGAGAAGCUUUAGGAUGGCUGUUUAUUUUUUUUUUCUCCUCCCAUUCCUUUUUUUUGUUUUGUUUUUUGUUUUUUGUUUUAAACCCCUCCCCCAGGGGUAUGUCAUUACGGGGGUAGGUGAAUAAUUUUUUUGUUUCCCUCUGACACCCCCACCCCCCAAAAUUCGCCCUUCUCCAGCGUUCCUUAGCAGCCAGAGGAAUAGAGGAGAAAAAACUGUCACUACAAUCUUUACCAUCUUAUUGUGUUCUAAUAUUUUUUUUUCCUAUUUUUUUUAUUAUUCUUAUAACUUCAGAUAUUGGUUUAAUAUUUUGAUGUACAGGGGAGGUGGCGGUCUCCCCGGUUUAACGUGCGGACGUGGGGGCCUAAAUUAGGCCCGGUAUAAUUUCCGAUUUGGUUUUCCUCUCUCGGCCCCCUCCCCUCCUUUCCAGUGCCUACCUCCUCUCUCGCCCUCCCAGGAAGGGACAGGGAAGGGAAUCCAAGGUGACACCUGAGUAGAACCAGAGGUCAUGCUGAAAGACCCCUCCCCUUGCACUGGCUCACCUGAGCCGUUUCCCCCGGUAGCUCUGGGUCUCUGCCUCGGAGGGGAAGAAGGCAGAAGAGGAGGGAAAAGGGUGCAGCAGGUGACUUAUACAAUUUUAAAAGUGCCUCUAAUACUUGCUUCUACCAAGAGUGGUGGUGGGGUGGGAGGGGGACCCCAGGGAACAGCCCAUGGGGGGCGGGGGGAGUGGGGGCAUCCAGCACACAACCGGUGUUAGUUUUUCAUUUUACGCUCUGAAAGCCGCCUCUUUGGAAGAACCGGACAGAGUAGCUUAGGCGUCUCCCAGAAAUAGAGUGGGUUUUUUUUUAACCUCUUCAGUUCCUGCCCAGUCAGGCUUUUGUUUUUUGUUUUCCCUUCCUUCCUUUUUUUAAAAAUGUGGCAGUAUUAAGCCUAGUUCUGUUGAAGCAGUUUGGGUGGAUCGGAGAUCCCCCGUUUAGGUUUCAGAAGCCGGAUUCUCAGUUGAGCUGAUUUGCGUUCCUGGCAUGGGUUCCAGGCUCUCUUCCCUUUCCCCGUGACCCCCCACCCUCCCCCACCCCAGGUUGUGGAGGGGGCAGGAAGGGGGUGGGGGUGGGGGCAAACGGUCGGAACACCUAUGCAGCAUCUCCCCAAACCGGUCAAGAAGUUUUUCUCUCGUUCUUCAGUCAUUUGGGUUGGAUAAUUGUGUGUCUUCCUUUGUUGAAAGGGACGGUGGGGGAAGAGUGGGAAGGUAGGACCAGGGCAAACUGGCCAUAGCAGCACCCGAGGACGGGGUGUGUGAGUGGGGUGGGGUGGGGGGCUUCCCCUCCACCCAGAGUUUCCUGGUACUUAGCAAAGUUGAGGAGCAGAUGGGGUGAAUUUGCAAAGCCAGGCAGAAAAACCUGCCCAGAGGCUGGCAUGCAAGUGAUCCAGGAACCGGGAUCAUGGCUGCAAAUUGGGGCUGGGAGGGGGCAGGAAAGACUUUGGGGAUACAUCCGAGUGGGCUACAAGAUUUGGGUGAGGGGGGGUGCAGGAGACCCUGCUUCUGUGGGGUUGGGCACUACCCGGGCCCUCCUUCGCACCUCUUCUCCAGCCGCCUUGCUUAUGGUUUCCUAGUUUUGGAUAGCUUUACUGCAGGAGGGAGGAGAGGACAGGACUACCUGCCCUCUCCCCCCCCCCCCAGCCUUUUCCCCUUUCCCAAGGAGGCAGUGCCAGGAAGGACAGGGCAGAGCUGGGCUUGCAAACAAAGGCCAGCCUUACCUGUUGAUAGCCGGUUCAGGUAAACAAGGUGAGAGGUCGAGUGAGGGGGGAGUUGGGGGCUUCACAACCAGGGGGCAGGGAAAGUUUACCCAAGUAAGGUGGGGGGGGUGGAGGGGGCCGGCCUGUGGGUUUUGCCCCCCCCCCCAAGCUGGGCACGGUGCCCCUGCUGGGGGUGGCAGUGUCUCUUUGCAGCCCCUUCCUCACCCAACAGCCAGUUCUUAGGUACCGAAUUCUCGCCGAAUCCCCUCUCCUCUUCCACACCGUCGAGAACUGUUCGAAGUCUGAAAAGCCUUUUUCCAAAGUGUGUACCGAAGAGUAGUGUACAAAAACAAAACAAAAAUAUGAGAAAAACAAACCAGACAGAGCUACUGUAUUUCUAAAAAAAAAAAAUAGUAGAGAGACAAGGUUCCUGUUUGAAAUAGAAAUGUUAUUUUAGAUACAUUUUAUUAUGAAUAACUUUUGUUAUGACUAUGGCUGGUAACCAUGAAUACGUUAUUUAAAAAAAAACACACACAAAAUGUUUUACAAAAAAAAAAGAAAAAAAAGAUCAAAUUCUGACUUUAGAUUGCUUUGUUUGGACUCCUUUUGCUGCUUUUUUCCCCUUUCUGGUUUUUUGCUUUGUAAAAGGCAUAUACAGAAUUUAAGCAUUAGUCCUUUUUUUAUUAACCUCUAUGAUAAAGCUGUGCUUAUUUUG